GAGCACUGGAGGGGACGCCGAGCUGGAGGCCAGAAUCUUGGAGUUCAUGCAGAAUUCCAAGAAGUCAGGGUCGUUCCCAACUAGGAAAGAGCUGGAGGAUGCGGGUAGGUUUGAUUUGGUUGAGGAUAUUAAGAGGAGAGGCGGGUGGUUUUCCCUUGGUUGGGAUUCUGAUAAUGAUGGUAACAAUGAGGGGCUUGAGAUUGAUUUCGAUAUGGAGGAGUUUGCAAGAAGGGUCGAUAUUUGUCGGCAUAGUGGUGCUUUUGUGGACAUUGAAGUAGACUCUCUUGGUUCUAACGUUUCUUCUGAAAGUGUAUCUUCUUCUGGUAGAUCAUUAAAAGCAGAAGCAGAGGAGGAGAGUGGAAUUGAGGGCAUAUUGAGACGAUUAGAGAAACAUAGACAAUCAUCUUUCAGUAUCUAUCCGGAAAAAUCUGGGAAUGGAAAAUGGCCAUUAAGCAAGACUGCCGGGGAUGAUAUGAAUAUCAUGACCACUGAUGUGGGAAGUAGUAAUCUAGAAGACACCGGCACAUUUGUAUCAGAUUCAUGGAGAACUUGGAGUUCUCGGCGUGCUGGAUUUCACGACACUGAAUUUGAACCCGAUGAGAUUAAGUUUGGUCACAGAAAUAAAGACGAUACAGCUGUUGUAAAUGAAAAAGGUGUAGAAGAUUUACUGAGACAGAACGGUGUCACUCAAAAUGACAUAAGAGCUUCCCUUAGGAACCUAGAAGUUGAGCUUAAUUCAGCACUUGAGUUCAUGAAAUUCAGGAACGAGGAGUUCAGUUCAAAUGAGGUUAUGAGCUGUUCUCACAGUGAUCUGGAAAAGCUUUCAGAUGCAUUGGAGUUCAAUGAAAAUCAGUUGAUGUAUGCCCAGAAUAUAUUGCGCUCAAUACGUGCAAAGCUAAAUGUAUUAGAAGGGAAAAUGGCUUUGUCAGCUAGUGAUGCACGAAAGACGAUGGAAAAGAAACAGAGUAGAAUUGAUAGCGUUCAUAUAGCCAUGCAGCUUCUGCGUACCGUCCAUAUUGUCUGGCCUAAUUCUGCCUCAGAAGUUCUUGUAGCAGGGUCUUUUGACAGCUGGACAUCUAAGAGAAAGAUGGAGAAAUCAAGUGCUGGCAUUUUUUCGUUGACAUUGAUGUUGUAUCCUGGCAGAUACGAGAUUAAGUUCAUUGUAGAUGGGAAAUGGAGAGUUGAUCCUUUACGCCCUAUCGUUCACAACCAUGGACAUGAAAACAAUCUCCUUUUUAUCACGUGAACCCUUGAUGUGCAUUGGAGGGUGAUUUUUUUUUUCUGAGGACUUAGACAGUGUAUCCACUAUCCAACUUUCACUCUGCAAUUUCGUCAUAUAAACUUUCUUAGGUGAUGUGAAGCAAACAUGUUAACUGUUGACGAGCUGAUCUAAUAACAUUCUUCUGUACAUAUGUAUAUACUACUAGGAUAGAGGCUUCAGGCACUGAAGUCCUUAGUCACGGUCUCACGGAGUAGUUUCAAGAUUAAUAGCUGAUGUAUGGGAACGUUGCCUGCUGGUAUAGCGUGUCUUUCUCGUGUAUGUACAUUUUAGUAGAAGAGGUGUGAAAUUUCUGAUUCAUCUAGUAAACUAUAUUGUAUUACUUUUGAAAGGCGUCUAGCUCAGAGUAGAUGAGACUAACAUGUAACUCAUGAAUCUUUAUUUACUUCUUUUGUCAUCAAUUUGUUUGGUUCAAGUUAUGUGAUUAUGAGAUAAUCUUACAUCACC